AUAAGAAACUUUUUUUUAAUUCAGUUUUUUGUAUUGGUUAAUUUUUUACUUUUUACUAACAGCUUUAUUGAGAUAUAAUUCACAUACCAUACAAUUCACCUAUUUUAAUGUGUGCAAUUCAAUGUUUUUUAGUAUAUUCAUAGAGUUGUGCUGGUAUUACGUCAGUCAGUGUUACAGCAUUUUUAACAUCCCCCAAAGAAACUGGGCAUCCUUUGGCAGUCAUUAUCCCCCACCCCUCACCCCCUGACAACCAUUAAUUUACUCUCUGUGUGAAUUUGCCUGUUGUGACAUUUCAUAUAAAUGGAUUGAUAUACUAUGUGGUCAGUUUUGACUGACAUUUUUCACUUAGUGUAAUACUUCUGAGGUUCAUCCAUGUUGAAGCAUGUUUCAGUGCCUCAUUCCUUUUACUGGCAAGUAUUUUUUUCCAUUAUGCAGCUGUACCACAUUUUAUUUAUCCAUCGGUGAUGGCCAUUUGUGUUGUUUGUACUUUUGAUUAAUUUUGAAUAAUACUGCUAUGAACAUUUGUGUACAAGCUUUUGUAUGACUUGUUAAUUUAUAAAAGAAAGCUUUCUUUGGCAGGAGAUUGGGUAUCACUUCGUUUCUUACACUUCUUACCCUGCAUUAUACAAUAAUGACUUCAAAUAUAUGUAUAGUCUGAUCUGUGGAAAAGUUAGAUCUUCAUUUAUGUAGGAUAUUGAGUUGCAUCCAUGUAUGUGGUGGAGAAAACAAAGCUUAUAUCUAAUAAAUAGAGAAUUGAUUUUCAUUCAUAAGGACCAAACUUUCUUACUUUGAAGUGAUGUAUCUGAAGUAAAUAAUAUGCCCUAAUAGAAUCUGAUGUGGUAGAAUAAGUUGAAUAUAUUAUCAAAAGUAUUUAGAAUAGAACAGCACUGUCCAGUAGAAAUAUAAAUGCGAGCCACAUGUGUGAUUUUAAAUUUUCUAGUAGACACAGUAAACGAGUAAAAAGCAGAUGACAUUAGUAUUAGUAAUACAUGUUAUUUAACCUAUUAUUUCCAAAAUAGUAUCAUUUUAAUAUACAAUUAGCAUAAAGAUAUUGAGAUAUAUUGCAUUCUUUUCUUUGUUGUUCUAAAUCUUGGAAACCUAUUGUGUGUCUUGCUUUAAUAACACAUCUCAUUUUGGAUUAACCGUAUUUUACUGUGUGUAGUGGCUGCUAUAUUGGUCAACACAGCUGUAGAAUAUAGUUGACCCUUGGUAUCCAUGGUGAAUCGAUUCCAGGACUCCCCAUGGACACCAAAGUCCCAGAUGCCUGUGUCCCUGAUAUAAAAUGGUGUAGGAUUUGCAUAUCACCUGCUCACGUCCUCCUGUAAACUUUAAAAUCUCUAGAUUGCUCAUAAUACCUAAUACAAUGUGAAUACUCUGUAAAUACUUGUUAUACUAUAUUGUUUAGGGAAUAAUAAGAAAAAAGCCUACAUGUUCAGUACAGACACGACCAUCCAUUUUUUUUUUUUUUUUUUUUUCCAGAAUAUUUUCAAUGCAUGGUUGGUUAAAGGAUGUGGAAUCUGUGGAUACUGAGGGCUAUUUUAUUCUCAUCCUUGUUUUGGGACGCAUCUGUCUUUCCUAGAGACCUCACUGGUGUAUCCUCCGGCAGAUAAUUCCCACCAACCUUGGCCCUUGCUUUGUUUGGUUUUCACAUUGUAUUGGUCUCUUGCUGUCAUUUGAUUUACCCUCUAUUUAAUUCCAAGUUUCCAUUACUUUUUCCCCUUUGUUUAAAAGUAUUUUUAAAUUUAAAAAGUCAUAUAUGGUUAUUGUAAAAAAAAAAAUUAUAAAGUAUAAGUUUGUGGAGAUAAGUCACCUUUUACAUGCCACUAUCUUAUCUCCUUCCCCUCCAUAGGGGUAACUGCUUCUAAUGCUUUAGUAUGUAUUCUUCCAAACAUUUUUCUGUGCAUUUACAUAUAUGCAUUCAUAUUUAUGCAUACAUGUUUAUAGAUAUUGUUGUUUUUAAUAUUUAUGUAGGCUCAGUUUUAGAAAUGGAAUUACUGGGUUAAAGACCAUACUAAGUUGCCAAAUUAGCCAGCAAAAAGAUUGUAUUGGUUUGCUUUCUCCCAGCCAGGUUUUUAGAGUCCUAGCUUUCAGCUACCCCUGUGAGCAGUGGAUAUUAGACAUCUUUAAAAUAUUUUUGCACAUCCAGUUGCUGAAAAGUGGUGUCUUAAAGAACUUUUUGUUUUGGCCAGGCACGAUGGUUCAUGCCUGAAAUCCCAGCACUUUGGGAGGCUGAGGUGGGAGGAUUGCUUUGACGACAUGAGUUUGAGAACAGCCUGGACAACAGUGAGAUCUGUUUCUACUUAACACCAACAACAAGAAAAAACAAAAAGCCUUUUUGUUUUGAAAUAAUUUCACACUUACAGAAAUGUUUCAAAGAUAGUACAAAGAAUUCCUGUAUGUGCUGCACUGAAGUUUUUCAAACGAUAACAUAGCCCACUUGCUUUUUUAUUCAUUUCUCCCCCAUAUUGUUUUUCAGAAACAUUUGAGAGUAAUUGCAGAUAUGAAUCCCUCUUACUUUUAAUAACCUUAAUGUGUAUUUCCUAAAAACAAGCACAUAUUCUUAAAUUACCAGAGUAUAAUUGUUAAAAUCAAGAAUGCAAUACUAUUAUCUAAUAUUUAGGGCUUUUUUGAAUUUUGCCAGUUGUCCUAUUAGUGCAUAUUUUCUGGUCCAGGGUCCAGUGCAGGAUCUGGUGUUGUAUUUGUCUUGUCCCUUAAGUAUACUUUAAUCUGGGAGUCUUUUAAAAAUAUUCCAUGAUUUUGACAUUAUUGAAUAGUAUAGACCAGUAGUUUUGUGGAAUGUCCCUCAUUUAGGAUUUGACUGGUGUUUCCCAUGAUUAAAUUCACACUAUACACUUUUAGCAGGAGUACCACCGUCGUGAUAUUGUGUCCUUCACAGUGCAUCCUCAGUAGCCAUAUGUUAGUAGUUUGUCCCAAUAUUGGUGAUAAUUUUGAUGACUUAGUUAAGGUGGUAUCUUAACUAAGGUGGUAUCAUAACUUUAUGGUUUGUUCACCAUAAAGUUGCUAUUUCUUGAGGCACAUUUACAUUGUUUCUCAUCAUACUUCAACACAGUAAUUUUAGCAUCCACUAAAAAUCCAAUGAUUUUUGCCUAAAAUAGUUAUCACUUUAAGUGGUUACCAAAUGAUGACUAAAUCUAUCAUUCCUUCUACUUUUACUUAAGUCCUACUGUGAGGAAGAAAUUUGUUCUUCUCCUGUUCCUUCAUUCUUUCAUUCACUUAUUUAUCUCUAAAUGGACUUAAACAUUAUUACUGUAUUUUCUAGGUUAUAAUCUCUUACUUUAUUUUCUUUAAUUCUUCCAGAUCUGGCCAGUGGGAGCCCCUCAAGCUGGCUUCUUGAUAUGUCUUCAUUAUUUUUUGAGCAUUUUCUUAUUUUCUUAUACCACAAAAUGUUCUAGGCUCAUCCUGGUUUUUUUUCCUGUGCAGGUAUCAGCAGAUGUUGCACACAAACUUGGUAUACCUUGCUACAAUAGCAGAUUCUAAUCAAAAUAUGCAGUCUCUUUUACCAGCACCACCCACACAGAAUAUGCCUAUGGGUCCUGGAGGGAUGAAUCAGAGCGGCCCUCCCCCCCCUCCACGCUCUCACAACAUGCCUUCAGAUGGAAUGGUAGGUGGGGGUCCUCCUGCACCGCACAUGCAGAACCAGAUGAACGGCCAGAUGCCUGGGCCUAACCAUAUGCCUAUGCAGGGACCUGGACCCAAUCAACUCAAUAUGACAAACAGUUCCAUGAAUAUGCCUUCAAGUAGCCAUGGAUCCAUGGGAGGUUACAACCAUUCUGUGCCAUCAUCACAGAGCAUGCCAGUACAGAAUCAGAUGACAAUGAGUCAAGGGCAACCAAUGGGAAACUAUGGUCCCAGACCAAAUAUGAAUAUGCAGCCAAACCAAGGUCCAAUGAUGCAUCAGCAGCCUCCUUCUCAGCAAUACAAUAUGCCACAGGGAGGCGGACAACAUUACCAAGGACAGCAGCCACCUAUGGGGAUGAUGGGUCAAGUUAACCAAGGCAAUCAUAUGAUGGGUCAGAGACAGAUUCCUCCCUAUAGACCUCCUCAACAGGGCCCACCACAGCAGUACUCAGGCCAGGAAGACUAUUAUGGGGACCAAUACAGUCAUGGUGGACAAGGUCCUCCAGAAGGCAUGAACCAGCAAUAUUACCCUGAUGGUCAUAAUGAUUACGGUUAUCAGCAACCGUCGUAUCCUGAACAAGGCUACGAUAGGCCUUAUGAGGAUUCCUCACAACAUUACUACGAAGGAGGAAAUUCACAGUAUGGCCAACAGCAAGAUGCAUACCAGGGACCACCUCCACAACAGGGAUAUCCACCCCAGCAGCAGCAGUACCCAGGGCAGCAAGGUUACCCAGGACAGCAGCAGGGCUACGGUCCUUCACAGGGUGGUCCAGGUCCUCAGUAUCCUAACUACCCACAGGGACAAGGUCAGCAGUAUGGAGGAUAUAGACCAACACAGCCUGGACCACCACAGCCACCCCAGCAGAGGCCUUAUGGAUAUGACCAGAGGAAAAGAUGUUGCUGCUCUUCUCCAAAAGUUAACCUGAACAGAUGUAUACCGGACAUUGUUUACCCCCCACUCACAGAAUUGUGCUGCUUCAUCAUGUCCCUUUUAUCUAUAUUCCCUUUCUGUCUCAUCCUGUCAUCCUGAGGGUCUUCAAGUCUACCUUAUUAAAAAAACAAAACAGACAACACAAAUAAAAACAACUUUCCUUGAUUUUAUGUCCCUGUGGCCUGUCUAAAUACCUCUACUGAACUUUGUUGACCUCAGGGAAAGGACCAAUUAUUUUGGUAUGGAUAGAAGGUUCUUUACCUUUUAUGUCCCACAUACCUUUCCAUUUUCACUUGUUGCAAAUACCCUUGAUGUUCAUUUGUAAUAAUUAUAACAAGCUAAACACUCACAAAGUUGUCACACUAGCAUAUGAUUUACACCCUAAUAUAUAUAUAUAUAUUACAUCAGAAUUUAGAACUAG